AUGGAUAGUACACUACACUCCCGUGCACCUUAUGCGUUACAAUCGAUUGUGUCCAUCGCAGCUCUCCAAUACUACUGCCUGGCCGCCAUAGUGAUACUGUAUUACGACUUCGUCCUCACAUUUCAUCAAGAGAUACAGCGAAUAUGGAAGCAGAAGAUAUCCAUCGUCUCCUGCAUCUUCGUCCUCAACAGAUACCUCACUUGUUUGGGAUAUAUUCCUAUUGUUUAUUUCUUGUUUAAUUCUCCAACUAGUGACAAGGCGUACGUUCCCUCUAGAGUUCUUGCAGAAUCCCACUGGCUAAACAUAAUAUGCUGUCUUAGGUGUACGGCAUUUGCACGAUUUCCUGGUGCCUUAAGCACAAUAACCCAGUCGUUCGUAGUCGUAAUUCUUAUCAUGCGUGUAUAUGCUCUGUACCGAGCCAAACGUUGGAUCCUAUGGCUCACUGUUCCUCUGGGAGCAUUUAGCAUUGCAGUCGCUGCGGCAAGUCUAUUGGAUUAA